AUGGCCGACGACCUCGACUCCAUCGUCAAGGGCGCCCCAAUUGCCGCCGCCGCUGCCGCUGCCACUGCCGCCAGCGAUGCCAAACCCGGCGCCGACGCAAGCCCCUUCUUGCCAGUGGCAGGCAAGCCUGGCGAUCCGCUGCAUCACACGCCCAGCUCGCCGUCCAUGAUCUACCUCAACCUGUUGAUCCUCGAGGCUUCGAUGCGCGCCCAGUUCCUCGAGCUGCGCGCCCGGAAACGACACCACACCUUCUUCCUCGCCAUCUUGACGCUCUGGGUCGCCUUCUUUGGCUACAAGCUGUACUUUGCGCCGCGCGAGGAUGGUCGUGGCGUUGGAGGGUCGAUAUACUGGGCUGUUGAAGGCGCACAAAAGGUGUGCUUCAUGGGUGGCAUCAUCACCGCCGCGCUUGUCUGGGCAACGGGCAUCUGGGAUCGCGGCAUCCGGUGGCCACGCCGCUGGUUCGCCAUCUCCAACCGAGGCCUGCGCGGCUUCAACUGCAAGCUCGUCAUCAUCAGACAGACGUGGUGGGCUGAGGCGUUGUCGACCAUUGGCUUUUUCUUGACAUAUGGGCUCUUUUCGCAUACCGCCAGUUCGUCGUAUCGGCUUGUCGAGCCGCAGCUGCUGCGCCAGGUCGAGAAGGAGCUCCAGCUUACAAGCGGUAACCAUCCCACGCUGGUUCUACCCCCCGAUGAUGACGAGCUUGGCGGCCAUGAAGAAGAUUUGGCGCCUGGGGGAGACUACGUCAAGCUACUACUUUUACCGAAGCCAUUUUCACCUACUUUUCGCGAGAACUGGGAGCUUUACCGCACCGAGUAUUGGGAGAGAGAGAAUGAGCGUCGGCGGUUGCUUCGGCAAAAAGUCAAGGAGCAUGACAGGAAAGUCGCAAAGGAUCAAUACGGUUGGCUGUGGUGGCUCCCCUGGCGCCAGAAUCCGCAGCCUCGCAUCCGUCGCGAGCCUAUGAAGAUGCCCCAUCACCGUCUAGCGAGCGCAGAACGCAAGCGUAGGAACAGUAGCGUGCGCCGCUCAUCGGUGAGCUCCUCGAGAAGCCAAACGCCGUUGAUCUUUGACAGCGACGGCCAAACAACACCACGCAAGCAGACUCCUGCUGGAGACAAACGCCGAAAGCCUUCAUCCGUUUCAAAGGUGAAGAGGCCUAGCACCGACUCUAGGUCUGUGACACCCGACGUCCCAUCACGGCUAUCUAGAGAGAGCAGUGUGACGAUUGAUACGGAGACGGACGGCAGCAGCGGGCGGACGCUACGAAGCGCGAGCAAAAGAGCCAGCCCAGCGCCUUUGUCGGCUGAUUGA